ACCCACCUUACAUUUCAUCAAGCAUCCCUUUCCUUGGGCAUGCAAUCGCAUUUGGAAAAAGCCCCAUUGAAUUUUUGGAAGAUGCUUAUGACAAGUAUGGACCUGUGUUCAGUUUCACUAUGGUUGGCAAGACAUUUACAUACUUACUGGGCAGUGAUGCUGCUGCUCUACUCUUCAAUAGUAAAAAUGAAGAUUUGAAUGCAGAGGAUGUAUACUCUCGGUUAACUACACCAGUGUUUGGCAAGGGAGUUGCUUAUGAUGUCCCUAAUAUGGUAUUUUUGGAACAGAAGAAGAUGCUUAAAACAGGGCUAAAUAUCGCACAGUUUAAGCAGCAUGUAUCUGUGAUUGAAGAAGAAACAAAGGAGUAUUUCAAAGCAUGGGGAGAGAGUGGAGAAAAAAACCUGUUCGAAGCCUUCUCAGAACUUAUCAUUUUGACAGCAAGUCAUUGCUUACAUGGGAAAGAAAUUCUGAACGAGAAGGUGGCUCAGCUGUACGCCGAUUUGGAUGGGGGUUUCACUCACGCUGCCUGGCUUCUGCCAGGAUGGCUACCUCUGCCAAGCUUCAGACGUCGAGAUCGAGCACACAGAGAAAUAAAGAAUAUUUUCUACAAGGUUAUCCAGAAACGUCGAAUGUCUGAGGAAAAGGAGGAUGACAUGCUCCAAACUCUACUUGAGGCUUCAUACAAGGAUGGCCGUCCACUGACAGAUGAUGAAAUUGCGGGAAUGCUCAUUGGGUUGCUCCUUGCGGGGCAACACACGUCCUCCACCACCAGUGCCUGGCUCGGCUUCUUCAUAGCCAGAGAUAAGUCAAUACAGGAGCAGUGCUAUGCAGAACAAAAAUCAGUUUGUGGGGAAGACUUGCCACCGUUAACUUAUGACCAGCUCAAGGAUCUCAGUUUGCUGGAUCGCUGUCUAAAAGAAACUUUAAGGCUUAGACCUCCUGUAAUGACCAUGAUGAGAAUGGCCAAAACUCCCCAGACUGUUGCUGGAUAUAAUAUUCCCCCCGGCCAUCAGGUCUGCGUGUCUCCUACUGUGAACCACAGACUCAGGGACUCCUGGAAAGAUGCUCUAGACUUCAAGCCUGAGCGGUAUCUCCAGGAUAACCCAGCAGCUGGGGAGAAGUUUGCAUACGUUCCCUUUGGUGCUGGCCGCCAUCGCUGCAUUGGAGAAAACUUUGCUUAUGUUCAGAUUAAGACUAUUUGGUCUACUUUGCUUCGUUUGUAUGAAUUUGAUCUUGUCAAUGGCUAUUUUCCAACUAUAAAUUAUACAACGAUGAUACACACACCCAAUAACCCCAUGAUCAGAUAUAAGAGGAGGUCACUGUAAAUUCUGGACCCAAAACCGUACUUAUUUAAGUUGUGUAAACUAACAGACUUUUGCAUAAAAUUGUGAAAAAUGAGUGGCAAAUGGAAACUAUUGCAUUUGCUGUUAGGAAAGCAACAAUAAUCUACCAAAUGCAAACUCUUUGCAUCUGUUCUGUUUGUUUGUCACCACCAUUUAAUGGUGCU